CAGGCAUUGUCAUCGGGCUUACAAACGUCUUUAGAUGUUAGUAUCAACUCUGACAUCUUGAAUAAAGUGUAAUCUAAUGGGGAGCUAAAUAAAUAUCAUUAAAGCAAUAAUAAUAAUUUAUAAAGGAACAGCAGUGGAGUUUUUAGGCAAACGAAGCAUAAAAUAUUUUAUAUAAUUAUAAUCUUACGAAGGCUCAAGAUGCCGUGCUCAGCAGUCACACUUUCUAUCGCCACAAUUUCCGCCAUAAUUGCAACUGCCUUGUUAGCGAUAGCAUUUUCUACAGAUAACUGGUUAUAUUAUGAAGUCAAACGGAGUAGUAUCCAGGCGUUUGCUUCAAAACAUACUGACGCGGAUGACCUAUUCAACAGCAUGAACAAUAAAUAUUUUUACUACACUAGAACAAGAGGAUUAUUCAGAAUAUGUUUCCCAAAAGAAAGACCACCUCCAAAUGCAGUGCCAACAUACUUAUCACCAAUAGAGACCCACUGCUCUAAUGUAGACUAUUUUCCUCAAUGGGAUGAAGAAAAGGCAGCAAACGAAGACGCUAAUUCCAGACUGCACUUGGCGCGAUCGUGCAUUGCUUUAUUUGUUAUUGGAUUCGUCACAAUUUUCUGUGCAUUUUGGUCAGGACUUUCUGGAUGUUGGAAACGAUCGUCUGGUGCUAUAACAGCUACAUCGAUUCUUUUAUUAGCAAGUUGUUUACUGUCAGCUGGUGCUAUGGGUUUGUGGCAUACCGUGGAAUUUUUUGAAAAAGAGAAGGUUGUUGGAGAAGAAUAUUAUCAACAAUGGAAUACGGUAUUGAGAGAUAACACAAAGAUAUCAUACGAUUGGUCAUAUAUUAUUGCAUGGGCUGGAAUAUGUGCAUGCCUGCUAGCUGCAGUGCUGUUGUCAGCAGCUGCCAUUUGCUUAAGGAACGAACGCGAAAAAGAAGAGCAGCUGAACCUACAAUACUUAAUGCCAGUUUAUUCGCAGAAGCAACCGCCCUAUCCGCCUUAUGCUAGUUACCCGCAACCACAAAUAUAUCCGGGGCCAUAUUACCACGGGUCUCAGUAUGGACCAUAUAACUACUAAAUAACACAUAUUUUAAGGAAAUUUUAUCACAUUAGAAUAUAAGUAAUAUUAAAAUACCAUUAUAUAACGUACGUAUUAUAAAUAUACUUACUAAACUUA